AUGGCCUUCCGUGGCUGGAAGCGGCUCCUCCUCUUAGGCAGGCAGGACCCCUUUGCCAAGGCUUGGAGGAACAGGAGGGCAGUCCCCUCUCUGCGCUGGAAGCGCUGCUGCCACUGGAGUGCUGGCAAGUCUCUGGACCCUGAGGUGAAAGCGUUUUUGGAGGAGAACACAGAGGUCACCAGCAGUGGGCACCUCACGCCAGAGAUACGACUACGCCUCCUCACCCCUCGCUGCAGGUUCUGGAGGGAAAAACCUGACCUGUGGCCUUACGGGGACCCGUUCUGGGCAAUUUACUGGCCAGGAGGCCAAGCCCUCUCCAGGUAUAUUUUAGAUAAUCCAUGCGUUGUCAAAGGACGAUCGGUUUUGGAUCUUGGAAGUGGAUGUGGAGCAACAGCAAUAGCUGCUGUGAUGAGUGGUGCAUCACAAGUCCUUGCUAAUGACAUCGACCCUAUUGCAGGAAUGGCAAUGAUCUUGAACUGUGAACUGAACCACCUGAAUCCCUUCCCCAUCACCAUUAAGAACAUAAUUAAUUCAGAGGCCGGCAACUGGGACCUCAUUGUUCUAGGAGAUAUGUUUUAUGAUGAACAACUUGCUGACGGUCUGCAUCGCUGGCUGAGGAAAUGCAUCAGGAUACAGAAAACUGAAGUGCUCAUUGGUGACCCUGGCAGGCAUCAGUUUUUAAGCCACAGCAUUCACAGUCAAUUGCACAAAGUUAUAGAAUAUUCACUUCCUGAGUAUACUAGACAAGAAAACAAUGGAUUAACAUCAAGUAUCGUCUGGAGUUAUCAGCCCUCAAACAGCUUAGAAAACUGUUGAAGCUGGCUUUCAAAUGAAUUUUGUCUCACUGGGUUGGCUUUUAUUUUGUAAGUAUAUAAAAUGAAAAUGGGAAUUAAACAUGGAACAUAUCUGUUGACGCUAAGUAGAUUACUGUACCUUCACUGUACUGAUUUCAGUCAUACUCACUGAGGCUUUCGCUCCAUUUGAGGUAAAAACUACAUGCAAACUAUUCAAAGGGGCCUGCACCAAAGUGCAAAUCCAAAGAUAAGUUACAUGUAAGAGUUUGCAUGCUUGAUGUUUUUCAUGUAUAUUCACAUCUGGCUCUCUGACACCAUUGUGAAAUGUUUUGGACAUCCAGCAUACUGCUGUGGGG